UCAUCCACUGCCAGCCAGAGUAAACCUGUCACAUAAUACUGCGUUUUCAUCUCAAACCUGCGUUCAGCAUGAUUUCAGGCGCUUUGAGGAGCUUUUUCUGCACGCGCAACAGCGGAUCCGCGGCGUCUCCGUGUGCCUCCUUCGUUCUCCCCGCAGAAGCAUGAGAUUAUUGUGUCCAGAAGCGGGUGUUUUGUGUUCGGCUUCAUCUGGAAAACCCUCGCGUUGUGAUUUGGUUCGUAAGAAAGAAAACGCGUUUUUGACCCCAUGAGGGAAGACGAGCUCGGCCGGAGGAAUGACUCGCCCUUCGGUCAAACUCCUCACAACUUUCCUCGCGUGUCUGAUGGAAAUGCUCAACUUCAGGAUAGCGUCAGGGAAGGAUCCGGAUCUUCUGUCCUCCUCCUCCAGCAUGUCUCCCUCUGACUUCCUGGAUAAACUGAUGGGCAGAACGUCCGGCUAUGACGCUCGCAUUCGACCAAACUUCAAAGGUCCUCCUGUGAACGUCACGUGUAAUAUAUUCAUCAACAGCUUCGGUUCAGUCACAGAAACGACUAUGGACUACAGGGUGAACAUUUUCCUCCGGCAGAAGUGGAACGACCCUCGAUUGGCAUACAGCGAGUAUCCGGACUCAUCUCUGGAUCUGGACCCGUCCAUGCUAGACUCCAUCUGGAAACCUGACCUGUUUUUCGCCAACGAGAAAGGUGCAAAUUUUCAUGACGUCACGACGGACAACAAACUCCUGAGGAUCUUCAAGGACGGAACCGUUCUGUACAGCAUCAGGCUGACGUUAAUACUGUCCUGUCCGAUGGAUCUGAAGAAUUUCCCCAUGGAUGUUCAGACAUGUACCAUGCAGCUGGAGAGCUUCGGAUACACCAUGAAUGACCUGAUUUUCGAGUGGCUGGAUAAGGGGCCCGUUCAGGUGGCUGAUGGUUUGACUUUACCUCAGUUCCUCAUCCGGGAUGAGAAGGACCUCGGAUACUGUACAAAACACUAUAACACAGGUAAGUUCACCUGUAUCGAGGUGAAGUUCCACCUGGAGAGGCAGAUGGGUUAUUACCUGAUCCAGAUGUACAUCCCGAGUCUGCUGAUCGUCAUCCUGUCCUGGGUUUCCUUCUGGAUCAACAUGGACGCGGCUCCGGCACGAGUGGCUCUGGGCAUCACUACUGUCCUCACCAUGACAACCCAGAGCUCUGGGUCACGCGCAUCGCUGCCGAAGGUCUCUUAUGUAAAGGCUAUAGACAUCUGGAUGGCGGUGUGUUUGCUGUUCGUCUUCGCUGCUCUACUUGAAUAUGCCGGAGUAAACUUCGUCUCCAGACAACAGAAGGAGUUUCUGCGCUUGAAACGAAGACAAAGACGAACGCCAAAGGAGGAGGAUUUACAGGACGGACGUUUGCAUUUUUCCAGCUACAAUACGACGACCUGUGUUAAAGAUGGCGCCGUGGUCAAAAACACACAGGUGAACCAAAUCCAGCAGCCGUCCAUCCUGAAAAACACGGAAACAAACCGCAAGAAGUUUGUGGAUCGAGCUAAACGGAUCGACACCAUUUCACGUGCUGCAUUCCCACUGGCGUUCUUGAUCUUCAACAUUUUUUACUGGAUCACGUAUAAGAUCAUCAGACACGAGAGCGCAAGGAAAGACUAGAGUUAUGUAAUUUCUGAUGAUUUUCACAUGGAUUAUUUUCAGUCAGGGAUAAACUGCGCACACUGUAGACGGGAACAACAUCAGCUCGAUUUAACGCAACUGUAUUUUAAUAUUUGAUGGUGUAGCUAUUUUUUUUGUGAAAGGUUUCCUAUGAAAGAUGCUGUUUUUUUACAAUUGUCUUUUGAAACUUGAUUGUUUUAAAUGAAUGGAGUAGAUUUUCUUCUCUUUUUAGACACAACGGCAUAUUUUACUGCACAAACACACUGAAUGGAUUAUAUUGUAAAUCUAUAUGCAGGAAUCUCACUAAACUCAAUGUUACAUUUCACCUUUAAAUCAAA